AUGUCUACACAAAAAACAAUUAUAGCUCACGAAGGCGAUGUAAAUUGUGUUGCUCUCGGCCAAGCCACCGGAACUGUUUUUGCUACGGGCGGUGAGGACAGAUUAGUGAACUUGUGGAUGUAUGGAGGAAAAAAUCCAAAGGUUACACUUGGUCCGUUCCAAUCAGGCGUCACGGCAUGUAGAUUUAAUAUGUACGAAGACAAAUUACUCGGUGGAAACACAGGAGGCACAGUAAUUCUUUUCGAUUUAAAUAAUCAAAGAAAUGAAGCAACUUGGUCUGCGCACAGAUCAGUUGUUAACGACUUAUGCUUUCAUACACAGAAUUCAAACAUGAUUUUGACUUGCGGAUACGAUGGAAAAGUAAACGUUCUCUCUAAAUCGCAGAGACACCCUGUACAGUGGUAUGCGAACCACCGUGGAUCUGCCAAUUCAAUUGACAUAUCUCCAGAUGGAAAACUCGUUGCUUCUGGCGGUGCAGACAAAACAGUUCGAGUUUUUGAUCUUGCUAUGUCAAAAGAAUUGUUCAAGUUCCAAUGCCAUGAAGAUGCAGUUACGUGCGUCCGAUUUCACCCAACAGAACCAAUUCUCGCUUCAUGUGGCCUAGAUCGCGCUGUACACUUUUACGACGUUAGUCUUGGUAAAGAGAUUCAAGUUUCUUUCCCAUUAGAUUCGCAUUCAAUUGACUUAAUUCGAUUCGCUCCGGAAGAUCCGGUUUUAUUAUCGGCAAGUACAGACUUUAUUCGACUUCUCGGAUGGGAACCAGCACAAAUAUACGGAAAAAUACCUUUCGGAGCAUUCAAACCUCGCGAUUUAUGCGUUGCUCAAAAUGAGAUUACAAUUGCUUCAACAGAGAAAGACAGAGUCAUCAUAACAAAGCGUAAAACCGACGGACUACAACCAUUUACGAAUUCCAAGAACAAAAACAAGCAGCAACCAAAACAUUUCUUCGAUGAUAUACCAAAUCCUUCAAAUGGCGGCAGAUCUACACCAAGACUCAUCGAUAUGGAGUCUCUUGCGAAGAAAAGCCGCUCAAUGAGUGAAUGUUCUACAGGAGAUGAGCCAGAACCAGAAAUUACUCCACGGGGAAGGCUUCUCAGACCAGGAUCCGUCGGAAACAAAGACUCUGAACAGAAAUCCAUGUCACAUUCGUCAUCAGGAUCCGUUUACAACGAGUUUCGAAAAGAUCGAACACAAUUUAUGACUUUUAUGAACGAAAGAUACUCAAGAUUUGCUAGAAUAAACGAAGCUCUUGAUUCCCAAUCGCUUCUCGACCUCCUGAAAGAAGCAGCCGAAUCUACAAAACAAUCUUCCGAAAUUUUAUCGAUAAUUGCCAUGAAACCCGAAGCAAUUACAUUGGACCAUGCUUCUUAUAUCAUGCAGAUAGCUGCCAUUGCAAUUAAAAGCAAUCCUGACCUUGCAGUGAGUACAAUUGAGACAAUGAUGCAAUCUUUCGGCGCAUUUGUCAGAGCGACCUUGGCAACACCUUCAUCUGGGGUGGACUUGGCCUUUGAUGAGAGGAAACAGAAGUGUAACGCGUUCACAAGCGCAUUUAGACAAGUUGCACCGGCUUUGAAGCAAAUCUCGAACUCAUCAAGCGAAAGCUCUGAUGCAGCAAGAGAUUUGAUUGAACAAUGGAGAGUUUUCUUGAAGUAA